AGCGUCCAUCCAAAUUCUAUUUCCUUCUUUCCUAAGAAAUCAAUCACUAUCACCAGCGUUAACGCGGUUCCCUUUGCAUUAGAAUUUAGAAAUAUAAAUUAAUUAUUUAUCAUUUGCCAUAUUUGCUUAUUUACACUUUUAGCCCCACGCGUUCCCCAAUUCUUCUCCUUCAUUCUCAAUUCUCAAUUCUCAAUUCUCAAUUCUCAUAUUUAUCACUAUCUCUUACCUUACACUGCUACGUACAUUUUCCAGGAAAGUUCAAAAUUUUCCUGGAAAGAUUUCUCAUUUCAUUCUGUCCCGAUUUUCCUUUCCCUCAUACCAGGACACCCGUUUCAUAUUUUCCGCCAAAUCCAUAAACAAACUAUAAAUAAAUAAAAAUCCUCAUUUGCUUCUGAAUUCCGAUGGGGCAAGGGCAAUCCAAGGACGAAGUGCUCUACCAGCAAGUCGGUUAUGGGAACAGCGAAGGCAUCAAAACCCUUCACAGAGAAGGUGCAGGCCUAGAGUGGAGGGACAAAGAAGCAAAGACCCCCUUGAUUGUUGCUUGUAUGAAUCCCCAGCUUUAUAAUGUUGCUAAAACAUUGAUAGAACUUGGAGCCAAUGUCAAUGCAUACCGUCCUGGUCGUCAUGGUGGGACUCCAUUGCAUCAUGCAGCUAAAAGGGGCUUUGACAGUAUUGUUAAGUUACUUCUUUUGCAUGGAGCCAAUCCUUUAGUGUUGAAUGAUGAUUGUCUAACUGCUCUUGAGGUUGCCAGGGCCAAAGGGCACAGCAAUGUUGUUCGCGCAAUUGAGAGUCAUUUAUGCUUGUUCUCUGGCUGGUUGCGGGAGUUUCACGGACCUGGGUUUCUAGAAGUAGUAGCUCCUCAGUUGGUAUCUAAAAAAGUUUGGGUGGUUGUUUUACCAGUUGGCUCCCGUAAUCUUACCAGACCUUACAAGUUGGAGCUUGCCAUAUAUUCUAAUUUGCAGGAUGCACAACCACGUACAAUCAUUUCUCUGUGGAAGGCCCAUUUACAAGAACCAAAGCUUCACCAGUCUGAUCCAUCAGUGUCAAUUGUUGAUCACACUACUAAAACACGCAUUAAACUUGGGCCUGCAAGUGAGAGUGACAAGCAACAACUUACAUGGUUUUCUAAUGCUUGCAAAGGAAUUCCACAGGCAAGUCCAGCAUUCUUGCAAAAUAAUGUGGCUACAGGUCCACCCACAGCACCACCAGCUGCAGAAGACACAGAGUUGGCUAUGGCCAUCAGUGCAUCCCUUCAGUCUGCCAUGCAGGAGAGGCCGCCCUUUCCUGAUGUCCAGUCAAACUUUGAAGCAAGCUCUUCCAGCAAUGCAGUGAAUACAGGCAAUCAUAGUUUUCUGGGCACACCAAAUCCAGAUAAAAGUGAUAGUGAGUUGGUACAUGAUGCUAACCCGGGUUUGGAGUUCAAUCCAUCGGCACCACCAAUCACUGAUGAGAUUCCAACAGAUGGCCCCAUUCAAUAUCCAUCAAUUGAUUCAAGCCCUGUUGAUUUAGCAUCUCCAGAUGUUGAGAAGCUCCCUAAAGAAGAAAAUAAUGCUAGUGGAAGCGGUUCAUGUGUGAUAUGUCUAGAUGCUCCAGCAGAAGGGGCAUGCAUACCCUGUGGCCAUGUUGCUGGAUGCAUGUCUUGCUUGAACGAGGUGAAAUCAAAGAAAUGGGGUUGCCCUGUAUGUCGGUCUAAGAUAGACCAGAUCAUAAAGCUAUACCAUGUUUGAGCUUUGAAACGUUGUGGAGAAGUUAGCAAUGUUGUUCAUACAUGUUGCAUAAGUAGCAGUACACAUGUCAUAAAAAUUGAAAAUUUUCAGCUAGAAAUGGCAAAGAGAAAAAUGUCUAUACUAGAAGAAUCCAAAUACGUCAUGGGUCUUUGUGAAUAUCUGAAAUUUCAUAUGCUUCAUUAUGUGCUUGUGGAUUCAAACUAGCAUUUCUGGAAGGUCAAUUGUGAAACUAGUAUAUUUUGCAGCCCUCAAUUGUCCAAUUCUGGUUCUACAUCUAAGAGAUUGUGAAUGGAAUACAGUGGUCUCGGGAUUCCUGGGUUUGUUUUCAAACCUGCGUAUUUUAUGUCUACUAUUUGGAUUUGCACCCCUUUCUUGUUUUUAAGCUUAUAUAACUUUUUGUGCUAAAUAAUAUAUAUGGUUUUAUUUUAUUU